CAAACUUGGUUAAUUUAUUAAAUUAUAAGAAAAUUAAUUAGUUAUGACUUAUCGGUUGCAGCCGUAAUUAAAAUAUUUUAGGCUUAUAUAUUCGCGAUUAUUUUUAUUCCAGAAUAGGCCAUUUUUGGUGCAUUAGUGAUUCAUGGUAUGCGCAAUGGGCAAGUUGGGUUAUGCACGAAGUUCUCUGACAUGACCGUGCUUAUGCAUUUUUAUUAAAGUGCUUUUCAUACAUAGAAUAUUGGUACUGCUAGUACCGAUCUGAAGAUACACUGACUGUGACAAAGUUUUUUUUCUUGUUUUUGUCGCGCGAUUCAAAAUCGCUACUCGAUCAUUUGAGCACUACUUUACGUUUUGGAGGAUUCACGAUGCACCUACAGAAGUUGUUUUAGAAGCUGUGAUAUAGAUUGUGAAAUCUGAAGGCCCGAAUCCUAACCUACAUGCAUACUCUAGCCCUAAUCUAAACUUUAACCCCUGACGCUAAUUAUACCUCUGUUGCCGGUUUGAAAAAGUGUUUGGCAUUGUGACCCCGGAGAAGAUUUGUUAUCAGACUGCAGCUGUACAUUCAGCAUCUGGAUUGAUACAGCCACACUAUGCGCGAGAUCAAUCGCAAGCAAUUUCUGUAUGGCACUCGGGCUUGGACAUACAGGAACAUUUUUGUGUUUGGAGGACUUGCAUUGACUAUCAUUUCAGGGAUAUUGCCUUUCUACAUGUUUCCAGGACUUGUAGAUAAAGUCACUAAAAAGACAGAAGAAGAGAGGAAAAUAAAGGCUGAGUGGCGCCAGAAAGUCCUUGCAAUUCAGGAGAGGCAAAGAGCACUAAAUGAAGAAAGAAUUAAUGAAAGGGAGGCUUGAAAUAUUUGUUUGUGUGGAGUAAGUUGGAUGACAUGAAGCAUAAGGGUGCUCAGUCAGGGCCAUCUGAGCCCAGGAUGUCAACACCUAUUCAAGAUAUGUCUACAGUAUCAACAGCAAGAGUUGUAAGUCCAACAAAGAAGUCCUUGGGAAGAAAAACUAAGUUAUCUCUGUAUAAGGCUCAGGGUGCUAAAAGUCAGAAUUUUAUACCAUCUGUAAGAUUGGAUGAUGUGAUCAACCUUAAUGAUUCUUUAGAUUUUCAAGAUUCUGGAUCCAUGAAUGUGCGGAAAAGGCUUCCAAGGCAUAAAUAUGACAAAAAAAAGCACUGGACUGCGUAGUAAAUAAAGCUGGCGACAUUGCACCUCGAAGAAAAGCAUUGGGGUGUGCUUUAAAUACUGCUGACCAGGUUUCACUAGGACCAAAUGCUGAUUCCUCAAAAUAUGUUAAGGACAGACAUGCAGUUUUUUUGUGGAAAAGUUUGAUUGUAUUGUUGAUAUGUUGCAACAUCACAAUUCAAAGAUGCAGAGUGCUUCAACCAAACCAGAUGGCUUAAGUGCGCAUGUUGGGAAUAGAGACUUAAAGUUGGCUGCAGCACCGGAUGGUCAAAAUGAGGCUCUGAAAAGGAAACACAACAUUUUACUAAAAUCUGAUCCUGAGAUGGAACGAGCAGGGAACUUGGAUAGAGCACCUUAUGAUACAGAUGUUAUCAAGCUGGCUGUAAGUGAUGCUGUUAAUGUUAGUAGGGAUAGAACGAGUGAGACUGACACUAUUUUCAAGUUCACUAAGAAUGGGACAAGUGAAAAUGACACUAUUGUUGAGGUCACUAACAAUGGGACAAGUGAGCACAGUAUCAUUGCCAUGGCCAGCAAGAAUAAUACAACUAGUGCAGGUGCAUUCGGUUUGACAGCAUCUGGUAGUUGUGAAGGCUUACAAAGCAGCUGUGAAGAGGUGCAAGAUUGCUGUGAAGAGAAUGUUGAAAGCUGUUCGGAGGGAAGCCUGUCCACCACUCAACACACCUGCCCAACCUGUGGUCAGCUUUUUCCACGAGGAUGCUUUGUGAAGCACUUGAAAGUUUGCCUGCAGGAGCAGUUUGGAUGGAAACAACAGGUUUUGUCAGAUGGAGGAACUGGUGACAAGAAACAGGUGAUGUCAAUUAAAGGGGAGACAUUGAAUGCUGGCUAUGUCUUCUGUCCCCUUUGCCAGAAAGACAUUACACAUCUAAAUUCACACCGCAGGAAUAUGCACACAAACAAGUGUUUUGAUGAGCUUGAUCAAAAGAAGCAAGAAGAAGCAAUGCACCAGAAGGCACUGCAGGCUGCCAGGAUGCAGGUGCUGAACUGUCCCAUGUGUGGCAAAAUUCUUCGUACUCAACAGAGCCGUAAAAUCCACUUGAAGAAGUGCUCUGCUAAACUGGAAGUCAGCACAGAGCAGCUGCUAACUUUAAUAAAGAAGCAGGAAGAAGAACAUGAAGCAAACCUGGCCGCAGGCAUCCUGUCACAUGUCCACAGACCUGCUGAGAAAAAUCAAAUGAGAUUCUUGGGCCAUGGAAUCCAAAAGACUUCGGCCCCUAAAAGUAAAUUGGAGGAAGAUACUCAGUUGGCACUAGCUUUAUCAUCAUCACUCUAUCCCUGUUCAACAACAGCCACCUCCAGCUCCAGAUCUGGCCCCAGAAAACGCAAAAAUGAAAUAAACAAAGAUGAUUACCUUCUUUACACCCUGAACAGCAGUCAAGCUGCCAGUCGUAUUGCCAACAGGGUAUCAGACUUAUUGUCACAGGAGAUGGAGGAAGAGGAAAGAUUUGUGAUGCUGCCAGCAGUUGAUAAAAAUCAUCUGCAACACCUGAGUAUCAAGAGACUGGUUCUCUCUCAGACAGAGGAGAGUGAGCAGAAGUCCUUUUGGAAGAUCGCCUCACUGUCAAUGGAGAAGAUGAGUGGAGGAAAAGACAACCCCCGAGAGCUGUUUUAUGUUUUAGAAUUGAUGCCCCCUGUUGAGAUCAGUACUUUCGAUGCUGGAAGCAAGCUCUGUGGUCUCUCCAAGAUUGCAGGUGACUGCCAUUCCUCAGAAUCUCAAACACCUGGACCAAGAGAAAACAGGACUGAAGAGAAAGGUGCUCAAAAUCUGCCCUCUGACUCAAACAGCCUUUGUGCUGGCAGACAUGGCUGCAGAAGCAGAAAACAUUUCUCAAAAUUCAUCAUGUUUUGCUGAUGAACAAUCACUGGGGAGUGAAGAGGAUGAACACAUUGCAGCAGAUGAUUUGAUAUCAGAUUUCCUCCGCCUGGUGAAUCAGCCCGCAUACAGCGAUGCUAAAAUAAUUGUGUCUAGUGGACAAGAACUGCAUGUCCAUUGCCUCAUCUUG